UAAGCGAAGUCCGCGAAUAUUUAACGGAUGUAUCCGAAAUAACCAAUGCACCAGAAAUUUUAGGAGGACGUGUAAAGACUUUACAUCCAGUGGUUCACGGUGGUAUGUAUUGUGAAUCACGUAUUCUCGCUCGCAACAUUCCAAGUGAUGAAGCUGACCUGAUUGCACAGAAAAUACAAAAAAUUGAUUACGUUAUCUGUAAUCUUUAUCCUUUCAAAGAAACAAUUGCAAAAGAAGGGAUUACAAUUGCUGAAGCUGUAGAGGAAAUUGAUAUUGGUGGUGUCACGCUUUUGAGAGCCGCUGCAAAGAACCAUGAUCGCGUGACUAUUCUUUCCGAUCCAAAUGAUUAUUCAACAUUUUUAUCCGAAUUAAAAAAGGAUGAUUACGAUGAAGCAAUUUCAAAUUAUUUUAGACAACAAUAUUCAAAAGAUAUUUCUCAACUUACUUUACGUUACGGUGCCAAUCCACAUCAAAAGCCUGCCCAAAUUUUCGUAAAAGAUGGUUGUCUUCCUAUACAGGCUGCACUCAAUCUUCCAGCUGCUGCUUCUUUUAAACAUGUGUCUCCUGCUGGAGCUGCCGUUGGUCUUCCAUUGGAUGAGACUGAAAAAAAGGUGUAUUUUGUGGAUGAUUUAAAAGAACUAACUCCUUUAGCUAAUGCUUAUGCUCGUGCUCGAGGGGCAGAUAGGAUGUCUUCCUUUGGUGAUUGGAUUGCUUUGAGUGACAUAGUCGAUGUCCCUACUGCUAAAAUUAUUUCGCGUGAGGUAUCCGAUGGUGUUAUCGCCCCUGGUUAUGAUGCUCAAGCACUUGAGAUUUUGCGUAAGAAGAAGGAGGGAAAAUAUACUGUGAUUCAGAUUGAUCCCAAUUAUGAACCUCCGGAAAUUGAAACUCGCCAGGUUUACGGAUUAUAUCUUCAACAAAAACGUAAUAACGUUCAAAUUGACCAGAAAUUAUUUGAAAAUAUUGUAACACAGAAUAAGAAUCUCCCGAAUUCAGCGAUCACCGAUCUUAUUGUUGCCACAAUUGCACUUAAAUAUACACAAUCUAAUUCUGUAUGUUACGCUAAAAAUGGUAUGGUGAUUGGACUUGGUGCUGGACAACAGUCACGCAUUCACUGUACGCGACUAGCUGGUGAAAAAGCCGACAAUUGGUGGCUUCGUCACCAUCCUAAAGUGAUUGCUUUCGAUUUUAAAAAAUCAACAAAACGAGCUGAAAAAAGUAAUGCAAUUGAUCUGUACAUAUUGGAUAAGAUUGGAGAGGGUUUAGAACGUGCUUCUUGGGAAUCACAAUUUAAUACGAUUCCUGAGCCUCUGACACCUGAAGAACGCAAAUUACAUUUAGCAUCAUUCUCAGAUGUUGCACUUUCUUCUGAUGCAUUCUUCCCUUUUUCAGACAAUAUCCAUCGAGCUCGUCAAUCUGGUGUUAAUUAUGUUGCCGCACCAAGUGGUUCUAUACAAGAUCAAGCUGUGAUACAAGCUGCUGACGAACAUGGCAUG